CAAUUCAACAGCCCAUCAACCCUCUGGCCAUCUUGACCUCGACUGCAAGCUUAGAUCUCCUCGGCCGCUUUGCACAAACCUAUGAUGAUGUUGAGAUAGCGAUCUCCGUGGAAGCCUCCUGAUUUUCCCUGAUUUCCCAUGUCUAUUUCAUAGCCCGUCCAGACGACCACCCAGGUUUACCUUAUCAACAAAUGUCACUUUAGCAUAUUGGUCAUAAUGCCAAGGGAGAGAGCUCAAUGCGGGAACCCCUUAUUUCUGAGCUGGAUCGAGGAGCUCCGAGACGCCGCUCGAGACAAGGGCACCAAAGCUGCUGAAUCGUAUGGCAAAGCAGCUCGAUCCGUUUCGUCAUGUCCCACUCCAUUCACAAGGCCCAGGGAUUUGAUCGUCUUGCAAGGAGUCGGACCUAAGAUUGUACAUAUCUUGGAAGGCAAAUGGCGAACCUACUGCGAGGAAAAUGGGCUUCCAGCUCCUGGGACCCCAGAGAAAUCUAAAGGCAAGCAGAAGGCAGUACAGGGGGAUGUCGACUCAGACUCUGAGCAAGAUACGGACGCUGUGCCACCUCCAAAGAAACGCAAGGCGUCCAAACCAAAGGUCUACAUUCCCGCGAAAGGCUCAGGAGGAUAUGGCCUUCUGCUCGGUCUGGUCCUCGCUAUUGAUCGACCCGAGAUCAACACGCAGGUGUUCUUGACCAAAGGAGAAUUGAUCAGGAUAUCUCAGCCGUACAGUGACUCAAGCUAUGAGCACAGUGAAAAGGGGACAUAUUUCACCGCUUGGAGCAGUAUGAAGACUCUGAUUGGGAAGGGCUAUGUCUAUGUCACCGGGAAUCCUCACAAGUAUUGUUUGACUCCAGAGGGAUACCAAGUUGCAGUGUCCAUCCGAGCUUUGCUCCCUGAAUUCCAGCAUCUUCCGCGACUUCCAUGGCUUGAUGAAUCCAUUGAUCCUCUCACCGUCGGAACGGAGUCAACACCACAGGCUCGUGUGCCUAGCGUCACGCUUCCACCGAGUCCCCCGGCUACCGUCUCAGACGCGAGUCUACCUCGGGAAUCGACGAACAGGGCCAGCGUUUCACGUGUAAGCGUGAAUAAGAAUGAAAGAUUCGGAUUUUGGUACAUUGACUCUGCUGGGCAUCGCGUUGAUUCCCUCGAUCAGGCUACUGGUCGCUUGGAUCCUGAGCAGUUUGUGACGUUGAAGAAGGUCGAGUUUAUGGCUUCUCAACUCGGCCAUCGAUUCGUUUCACACCUCCGUCUCGUCGAUACAUCGCCUCGUACAACGAAUCCGUCCUCCGGCGAGGAGACUGUAUUUGCUUACAUCAAGGAGGACGAUGCUCCGCCAAAAUGCAGUCGGUUUUAUGAAGAGGCGACAAGCACCUCGAUUCCAGCGUCAAGGAGCGGGAGGAAGGAACACUCAACCAUCUCCGACGAUGAUGAUGAUGAUGACUGGGUCCGCCCCGUCUCGGGUACGAUGCCGCCCUCUCCUCGACCGCCAAAGGCGUCAUUCACGAAAACCAUUUCAGCCCCAGUUGUUUUGGACCAGGAAUCCAGUCGUGCACCGUUUCCCAUGGUGUCCGACAACAGUCUUCUCAGGUCUGCCUCGACUGCAUCUGUCGCCGGUCCCAGCAAGGCUCGGCCUCAACCGAGACUUUCCUCUCAUAUUCCCGUCAGCAACCCUUUGAUCGAAGAAUCAGAUUCGAUUGCUCCCGUCAAUUUGCCUUCUUUCACUCCCGCAGACGCUAUCAUCUUCCCCGCAGGUACAUACGAUGUCAUCUUGAUCCUGGAUACCCGUGAAGUCGAAUCUAAGACAAAUCGAGAUAAGAUCGGCGAGAAGCUUCUCGAUAAGGGUGUCAAUGUAGAGACGCGAGCCUUGAGGCUGGGCGAUAUGUGUUGGAUCGCCCGGCGUCGCGAUGGUGUGGGAGGUGAAGAGGACGAAUGUGUGCUUGAUUACGUGGUGGAGCGAAAGCGGCUCGACGACUUGUGUCACAGUAUCAAGGAUGGUCGAUAUAAUGAACAAUGUUUUCGUCUGGCAAAUUCUUGUAUCAAUCACGUCUUUUACAUUGUCGAGGACUGGAAUACGUCUCACAAUAUGGAGUUCAGCGGACUGCAGAUCAUGACUGCAAAAUCUCAGAUUCAAGUCCACAAUCAAUUUUUGCUCCAGGAGACCAACCGAUUGUCCGAAACCAUCGACUUCUUGACCACUAUGACGCGCAUCAUCAUCUCGUCCCACAAGAACAAAGACCUUCACAUUAUUCCCACUCGCUUCUUGUCUAGAUCAUCCUACCGAGAUUUCAAAAAGAGCCUCAGUGUCAACUAUCCUGCCCAGACCUUUCUGACCAGCUGGCAAGGGUAUCAAGACCUCAACGACAAGAAUGCCAGUCGAACUCUCAAGGAGACAUUUGCGAGAAUGUUGAUGUGUAUCAAAGGGAUGAGCGCGGAAAAAGUGUCUGCCAUCCUGGACGUAUACGAAACGCCCAGAGCAAUGUGGGAAGCCCUACGAGCACGACAAGAAGAAGAGAAGGUGUAUCUGGAUAGCGUGACAGCGGGUUCGGUCGCGAGUGCGACAGGAAAGAGUAAGGCCAAAGCUCGACGUGGUCCCGAGCUUUUCUUUGCGGACAAAUUGUCUGGCGAAGGCAGACGCAAGAUUGGCGAUGCGUUGAGCAGGGAUGUUUACCGAGCAAUUAUGGGCAGUGGCGGAGGCGGUGAUGAGUCUGUAGCAUAGUUUUGAGGGCAAAUUUACGUGGGAUACAUCGGAAGCUUGGGCUCUGUCACACAGUCA